AUGCUUACUUUUUGUCCCAACUGUUCAAACAUGCUACUUAUAUCUGCUGGAGAUGACGGUCUAAAUCGAUUCUAUUGUUCUACUUGUCCCUAUGAGUUCAAGAUAAAUGGUCUACAGAUGUAUGAUAGAAAAAAAUUACAUAGAAAAGAAGUUGAUGAUGUGCUUGGUGGAGAGGGAACUUGGGAUAAUGUUGAUCAAACUGCAGCUCAAUGUCCAAUAGACUCUUGCGGAGGUGAUAAGGCUUAUUUCUUCCAAUUACAGAUUCGAUCAGCUGAUGAACCAAUGACUACUUUCUACAAAUGUGUCAAAUGUGGCCAUAGAUGGAAAGAAAACUAG